AGUCUUACAUAACGUCAUAUUAAAUAUGACGCAUCAAUUGGUACAACGUAUGAAGUAAGAUGUGCCGCGAUGAGCUACAGUUAUCGAUAGAGACUCGUACGCGUAGUAUCAUUCGCACACAAAAAGCGGUUUUGACAAUCUGCGCGUGCAUUUGUGAAACCAAUUUGGAUAAGAUUUGCAACGAAAUUUACCAUGGAGUACUGGACGAUAUUGUUAUCCAUUUUGAUAGGAGUUCUGGGAAUAUAUUAUCUUUAUAAAAAAUUUCAUUACUUCAAAAGACAUAAUGUUAUUCACAUAACGCCCACUCCUAUAUUCGGUUGUAUGACGCCGUUUAUAUUUCGCCAAAUGUCAAUUGGUGAUUUCAGCGAGAAACUAUACACUUUCAAUCCAGAUGCCAAGUAUAUUGGAAUCUAUGCCAUGACGCAACCUGUCAUUCUGUUUCGCGAUCCAGAACUCAUCAAGGAGAUUUUCAUCAAGAACUUUGAGGCCUUUCCUAAUCGCCUGGGAUUUAGUUUCAUACACGAUCCCUUAUUUUCAAAGAAUUUAUUUUCUCUUCAGGGGCAGAAAUGGAAAGACGUGAGAACAUUACUGAGUCCUGCUUUUACAUCCAGCAAAAUAAAAACCAUGUUUACAUUAAUGUCGGAGUGUGCAAUAGAUUUUACGAAAUCUCUGUCGGAAAUGUCAGCAAAUAAAAGCGAUAUGGAUAUGAAGGACGCUUUCACCAAAUACACGAAUGAUGUGAUUGCCUCGUGCGCUUUUGGAAUUAAAGUUAAUUCUAUAAGUGACCCCACGAACAAAUUCUACGUUUACGGUAAAGAAGCCAUAAACUUCCAAGGUCUACGUGCCUACAAAUUCUUUUUUUUCUCAACCUUCCCGUGGCUUACACGACUUCUGGGUUUAAAAUUCCUAAGCGACGAAGUAGGACAUUUCUUCAGGAAUAUUAUUAAGUCCACAAUUCAUACCCGUGACACUGAGAAUAUUACACGUCCUGACAUGAUACAACUGAUGAUGGAUAUCAGAGGUAAACGUGAGUCUGAAAGAGAACUCAGCAUUGAGGACAUGACUGCACAAGCCUUUAUCUUUUUCCUCGGUGGUUUCGAAACUAGCUCUACCGCAAUGUCCUUCAUUGCUCAGGAAAUCACGGCAAAUCCAGACGUCCAAGCAAAUUUACAGAAAGAAAUUGAUAAAACUCUGCAGGAUUCAAACGGUGAAGUGACUUAUGAAGUUAUUAAUCGUCUUGAAUAUUUAGACGCAGUAAUAAACGAAGUUCUCAGAUUGUACCCACCUAUCGCCUUCUUGGAAAGAUUAUGUGAAAAAGAUUAUGAAUUACCACCUUCACUGCCAAAUGAGAAGCCUUUUACUUUGAAAAAAGGUAUGGCUGUUUGGGUUCCAGUUUAUUCACUUCAGCGUGAUGAGAAAUACUAUGAUGUACCAGAGAAAUUUAAUCCAGAGAGAUCCUUGGGCAACAACUCUCUAUGUUACAUACCAUUCGGAUUAGGACCGCGAAUGUGCAUAGCCAACAGGUUUGCCAUGCUGGAGAUCAAGGUCUUGAUAUUUCAUCUACUGGCGCGGUACGAGCUGAAACCUUCCUCAAAAUCCAUUUUUCCCAUAAAAUUAAGCAAAAAUUCAAAUAUCACAAUGACUCCGGAGGGUGGAUUCUGGUUGAGUGUUCAACGUAGAAGCAAUAUGCAUCCUACAAUAUUACAGUAAAAAGAUUCGAAGGCAGUGUUAAUAACUUUUGAACGCGUUUCAAAUGCAUCUACGGUUGACCGAUCUAUAUGAAUUUUGAUUAUAGAUAAUGGGAGAGAAAAUAUUUCAUGGAAAUUCUAUAUAUAUAUAAACUUUG